UACCAAUGGAACGGGCCCUUUUACUUCAUCCAAGGAGCAGACCCUCAGUUUGGACUGAUGAAAGCUUGGGCAGUUGGAGACACUAACAAUGGAGAUGACGAAUGGGGAGAAGAAAUCAAAUUAGCAGAGCAAGCAGUGCAGGCCAUUAACAAACUAAACCCUAAACCCAAGUUCUUUGUAUUGUGCGGAGACCUUAUCCAUGGAAUGCCAGGAACUCAGUGGAGAAAGGACCAAGAGCAAGAUUUAAAGAAUGUUCUGAAAAACACUGACCAGGACAUCCCAUUGGUAUUCGUCAGUGGAAAUCACGAUAUUGGCAAUACACCAACAAGAGAAACAAUAGAUAAUUAUUGCAAGAACUGGGGAGAUGACUACUUCAGCUUUUGGGUUGGAGGCGUUUUCUUCCUUGUGCUGAAUUCUCAGUUAUACUUUGAUUCUUCCAAAUGCUCUGAGUUAAAGCAAGCCCAGGAUGUUUGGCUUGAUGAGCAACUGGCUGUCGCUGAAAAACAUAAAUGCAAGCAUAUAAUAGUGUUUCAGCACAUCCCUCUGUUUCUGAGAAACCCUGAUGAAGACCACGAUUAUUUCAACUUGGAAAAAUCAGUUCGUCAAGAGAUAAUGGAAAAGUUUCAUAAAGCAGGCAUUAAAGCUGUAUUUUCUGGACAUUACCACAGGAAUGCUGGAGGGUGCUACAGAGGACUGGAAAUGGUGGUUUCCUCAGCAAUAGGAUGCCAGCUGGGAGAAGAUACACAUGGGCUUCGAGUGGUGGUUGUCACCAGUGAAAAGAUUGUUCAUAGAUACUACAGUUUAAAUGAACUGAGCAGCCAAGGCAUAGAGAAAGAGCUGCUAGAUAUGCUUGCUAAGCAAAAUUAA